UUCUCACCGUGUAGCCCUCCGCUGGACAAACACACACACAAAAAACAGCCUGUUAACCAGCCUGGAAACAGACUAAAUGUGACCCGCCUCGCCUUCGGUCCUUCCUGGAUGUUUCUGCAACAGUUUCGGUUGGUGACACUGUGAAAAUAAAGUUGAGAUGAAUAAGGAAAUCAUGUCACGCGUGGUGAAGAAGAGGCAGGCGGACCCCAAGGUGGUCCAGUAUGUGUGGGCGGCCAUCGAGGUCGUCCGCAACCAGAAACAAAUCGCAAACAUGGACAGGAUCACCAAGUACCUGAGCCGUGUGUUUGGCAUGCACCCUAAGGAGACUGCCAGGCAGCUGAGCUUGGCCGUGAAGGACGGCCUGGUGGUGGAGACCCUGACUGUUGGCUGCAAGGGCUCCAAGGCCGGCAUCGAGCAGGAAGGAUACUGGCUGCCCGGCGACGAGAUGGACCCGAGAGCGGAGGGGAGCAAGGAGUGGGAGGCGGAGAGCCACGACUGGUACUGCUUCGAGUGUCACCUACCGGGCGACGUCCUCUCGUGCGACAUCUGCUUCCGGGUUUACCACCUCAAGUGUCUGUCGGACGAGUUCAAGCCCAGAGACGGAGGAUCCCACUGGCAGUGUGUCGUCUGCAGGGGCAGUAAAAAGAAGAACCUGAACAAACAGGAGAUGAGUAAAUACCUGCGAUUCAUCGUCCAGCGUAUGAAGGAGAGGGCAGUGGACCUGAACAAGAAAGGCAAAGACACUAAACAUCCGAUGUAUAAACGGCUGAUCCACACCGCGCUGGAAGUCUCAAACAUCCACGAGAACCUGUCUGAAGGAAAGUAUAAAACGUUUGAGGAGUUCAAAGCCGACGCUCAGCUGAUUGUUCACAACACGGCCAUCUUGUAUGGAGUUCAUAGCGACCAGGCGGAGAUCGCACGGCUGCUCUUCAGCGACACAUGCCACGAGUUAAAUGAGCUGUUGUUGUGUAAGAACUGCUUCUACCUGUCCAACGCCCGGCCGGACAACUGGUUCUGUUACCCCUGUAGCCCCAACCAUGACUUGGUGUGGGCCAAGAUGAAAGGAUUUGGCUACUGGCCGGCAAAAGUCCUUCAGAGGGAUGAAACCCAGGUGGACGUCCGCUUCUUUGGCCACCAGCACCAGAGAGCGUGGAUCCCCGCGGACAACAUCCAGGACAUCAAGGUGAGCAUCCAGCAGCUGCAGGUGAAGCGCAGCAGCGGCUGGAAGAAGGCGUGCGAGGAGCUGGAGGUCUACCAGCGCUUCCUGCGGGAGGGCCGCUUCUGGAAAACAAAGAUGGAGGAAACCAACAUGCCGACGCACCCGCCUCUGCAGCAGAACCAGAACCAGAGUCAGAACCAGAGUCAGAGUCAGAGUCAGAGUCAGAGUCAGAGCCAGAGCCAGCAGCAGGAGGGCAGCGGGAGGACGGAGAGGCUGGAGAGGACGGACGAAGCCGAGUCCAGCAUCUCCUCCACCAGCAACGAGCAGGUCCGACAACUCAAAGGCAGCCUGGAGCCCAAAGCCAAGAAAAGCCGUCGAUCUCAAAUGGUCGAGCCCAAAGAAGAAGCCAGUGACCCGGAGCCCGAGAUGGAGGCGGUCAGCUCCAGCCAGGAGAUCCCGGUGUCCUCGGCGCCCCAGCAGCCCGAGAAGCUGUCGGUGUCCACGCAGACCAAGAAGGCCAGCGGCGGGUCGCCACGCACGCUGCACCGCGGCACCCAGACGAACAGCGACGGCGCCUGCCAGAACAUGUGCCACGAGAAGUACACCAAGGUCUUCAACGACGUCAAGGAGAUGAUGAAGGCCGACAACAAGAGGGAGACCGAGAGGGUCGUCAGAGAGGCUCUGGAGAAGCUCCGUGCGGAGAUGGAGGAGGAGAAGCGCCAGGCGGUUAGUAAGGCGGUGGCCGGAGCUCAGGCGGAGAUGGAGAGGAAGUGUAAGCAGGUGAAGGAGAAGUGUAAAGAGGAGCUGGUGGAGGAGGUGAAGAAGGUGGUGGCCCAAAAUAAACAGCUGAUCUCCCAGACCAAGAAGAAGCAGUGGUGUUAUAACUGUGAGGAGGAGGCCAUGUAUCACUGCUGCUGGAACACCUCGUACUGCUCCAUCAAGUGUCAGCAGGAGCAUUGGCACGCCGACCACAAACGAACCUGCCGCAGGAAGAGAUGAACAAGCCCCGCCCCCCCAUUUUGACCUUACACAGCACGCCAUUGGCUCUCGCCCUCUCCUCCUCCUGUCAGUCAGUGUCUACAAAACACACACACACACACACACACACAUCCCUCCUGCUUCUCUACUUGCCUUCCUGAAAACUUUGUGGACCCGACGUUUUCUGCGUGAAAAGAGCAAUUUGUUCCCUUUUUUGUUUUCAUUUUGUUUCUAUUAUUUAAUAUACCCAUCGUAUUGAUUUCUAUAUUGUUGUUUUUUUCCCCUCUGAAUCGUGAACAGAUUGCUCGAGAGCAUGGCUCAAAUGCAGAGUUAUGGUAUGAUUUUUGUGUUGUUUUUUUCACGAUUUUUUGUUUGUUUUUUUCUUUACUGAAGUGCUAAUUUUGAGCUUGUGUCAGAGAUUGUGUUAUUUAAGUGUGUAGUAACAGAUGAGCGUUAACUGAAAACAUUUUAUUACCUGAAUUUUUAAACAAAUCACUUUUCUUACUGUAAAUGCAACAAAUACACGUCAAUCAUACAAGAAAAAUGUAAACAUACCGUAAGUACUAUUGCAGCAUCAAACUAGCUCAGCUUUCAUAGAGAAAAACCUGUUUUAAAAAAAUGACAAAAAACUGCAUAGAUAUUGUGGAUGACAUGGCUCACCGUUUUAGUAUAUUUGUUUUUAGUUUCUUUUUCAUGAAACUAUUGCGGUGGAUAGCACCUUUUUAUCGUUUCUACCUAAAAUCAUAUUGUCCUCGAGUCACUUAUUGGGAACAGGGUCACGAUGUCGGCCGUAAAAAGAAGUCGACAAAAUAAAUCUUCCAUGUAUUAUUAGAAUUAUAAUAUUAUUAUGCACAUUUCGGGGCUCUUUUCUUAAUAGAUUAGUUUUUAUGAAUCAGAUAUUUAAAGAAAAAAAGUUUUAAAUUGGUUCCAAAUUGGGGGAAUGUAGAGCAAUCUUUCCUGAGCUGGAUCUUAGAGAGGUUCCAUGAUUCGACUGUAUUUCCACUUUUUUGCACACUUUGUUUUCUUAACAACCCAAAUGCUUGUAAUAUUGCCAAAAAGAAUCAGACAUUUUGUUGAACCUACCUGAAAAGAUCUGGUGCGUCCUCCCUCCUCCUGCGUCCUCCUCCGACCUUAAAACAACUAUAUAUAUUUUUCCAUGCUUUGUCGGUAUUUUUACGGCAGAACUGGGAGGAAAGUGAGAAACAAAAAAGAUCUGGUCAUCCAUUUGCUAACACUGAUUUAAAUUGUUUUCUCUCCGGUGAUUAUGAUUUAAGAAAAAAAGGUCUUGCGAGAAUAAUUUUUAUCAUUUUCUUUAUUUUAUAUUUUUGUUGUUAUUGUAAUACUCAUGUUGACCACAAGAGGCAGACGUGCACCACUACCCCAUGUUCUAAAUGGGAAUAAUAGCAUUCAUGUUUUCUUCAAUUUACAUUACUUGUAAACACAGAACAUAUCUAAUUUUCAGCCUCGUGUGGUCGCAAUAAGUAUUACAACAACAAACAUUUAAAAAUGAAAAAAAAAUUGAAAUUUUAUGUUCAAAGAUUUAAGAAAAAUAGCAUUUCUUUUUUCCACCUGUUCUUAAGUCACAAACACAGGAGAAAAAACUAUUUAGAUUAGAUUUAGAAAACGGAUCCCCAGAAUCUCACCCGCCUCUCAGGGCUCCGUACAUUUUUGAAAGUGAUGUAAACUCGAAAAAUUAAUUAAUUUCUUUUUCAAACCUAAAGUGACUCUGUUUCACUGUGUAUGCUGUAGUUGGUGGUCAGUGCCUGUUUCUCUUUUUCUUUGGCCAUUCUCUUACUCCCAGUAAGGCAACAUGCAUGUUGAUGGUUUCAUGGUUUGUCUUUUUUUCUUUCAUUACGGUAAAACAAAAACAAAAAAAAAUACCAGAAGCUCGCUGGUGUUUUAAUGAGCAGUGACGACGGAUGGACCAAUAUAAAACAUUAUGCAAAUGUGAAUGAUCAAAUUAAUCUUUUCUAUAGUUUUCCCUGCACUGGAUGUUUAGUGGCGAUGGUGUAUAAAUAUGGUGCUUGGAAACUCUCUUUAAUUUUAGUUUUAAAAGUGGCAAUAAAAUUGCCAGUUUUCGAUUAUUCUUUUUUCUUCAGAAGUGUGACACUUUUAAAGUUGUUGAGUGUUUCCUCAGUUAUGAAGAUUGACUGAACGGAGGAAAAUUAUUCAGUUACUCUGUAUAGACGCAGCGCUUUUUUCCUUUACGCACAGAUUGCUGUUAAUCAAUUUGUGCUUCUUUUAACGUGUGACGAAUAAAAUACCGUAAAUUCUCACAUAGUGGGCAGAACCUUUUUUUUUUUUUUCAUUCAUCUCAACUAAAGAUAGGAAAAUACUUUUAUAUCUAAUGUCCCCUUAUUUUUAUCCAGUUUCACAAGACCUGCUGCUACUUUUAGCUGUAAAUGAAAAUUCUAAACUUCUUUUAACGCUUCAGUUGCAAAUACCACACUACAUUACUACAUAGUAUUUGUGCAAUAUGUACUACAUAUUAAAUUACUUGGUGAAACAGUACAAUUAUUCAAUUUUCUCUUCCAUUAAAUGGGAAUUAAUGAAAUACAUUUGCAAACAGACAAAACUAAGUGUUUUUCAAAGACUUAAUACUUUUUAACCUUGUAUAUUUAUGUAGCUAUUACUCCAAAUUCUGUACUGCAUACUAUGUGAAUCAAGUGUGUGCUUUAUACUAAUAUUGGUAUACUGUUUUGCAGUUGGUACACAAUAAAUCAUGCUUCAACGUUUUAUACUAACAGGAAAUUAUAUAACAUGUGCAAGCAGAUAUCAUGAUGGAGCUGCCAAUUUACCUUAAAGAGAAAGUGAACAGUUUUUUUGGGGUGUUUUUUCAAAAAUGUAAUAGUUAUGUUUUUUCUGUUCUGAGAUAUUCCUGGAAUUUGGACAUUGUUAUAUGAUGUCUUUCUUUUACAUUGGAAGGUUUUUUUAUUGGGAAAUAUGAACUGGAAGUUUGACGAGUUUCAUAAACAGCAGCUUAAAGCAACGGCUAUUAUUAUUCUAUAUUUUGAUUAUCAUCAUUUGAUCAUCAAAUCUUAGAAAAUGGUUCCUAUUGAAUUCGUAAAUAUUUCAAAUAAUUUCAUAUUUAAAAUAUACAAUUUAAUUUGAAACAAUUCAUCCCCUUUUGGUGCUCUAGUGAGUGCUUGUGGCAGCAGGACGUUGUAUGUGGGAUUGGGUCAAAAUAAACCACAGUGUGUUUGUGUUCAUGCUAAUGAAUCUCAUUUGUGUGUUUUUCAAAAGUUUUCGGGCAAAAAAUGAGCUCUAAGAAAAUAUCUACCAGGCUUUAAAAUAUCUUUCUUUUUUAAGGCCGAGAGAUAUGAUUUUUAUUGUUGUUUGAAAACGGUCCACUAUUGGAGAAUUUACGGUAACUGUUGUUCCAGACUUUAAAUACUUAAAACUUUUCACCUACUUGUUGCUGAGUCUUUCUUUGGAAACUCAUUUAAGUGUAUCACUUUAAGAUGUAACAUGUUAUUGUACAGUUUGACCUCUCUUCUUAUCCAGCGGCUUCAGAUUACAUUUUUUUGAUUUCUUGGGGGGAAAAAAGAGUUCUUUAAUGUUCUCUUGUUCUUCAUCACAGUUCUCCUCUGCAGGCUUUUUCUUCAUCAUUGCACUACAUGUAAAUACAUUUUCUCCUGCUUCAUAUUAUAUGUACAUUGUAAAUGUAUUCACGAAUAUUCAAUUUCAGUUGUGAUGUUUUUUUUCUGUGUUCACAGUGAUCUGGAUGACUGUUAGUUCAAGUUUUGUACAAUGUACAACCCGUUAAUCAUAUCAGCUUCUGUUGUUCCCACCACACUCUGAUGUUUGUGUCGUUUUCAGCAAAUGUUACCGGUUUGGGUACUUUUUUAAUUAGUUUUUAUUUUAAACACAGUGAUUUAUCUGAAUAUUUCUAUAUGUCACAUUGAAAGCCAAACUAAUACAUUUUACGAUUUCGCCAAACUGCGACAGUUUGCGGAUGAUGACAUAUUUUAUGUUACACUUUUAUUUUUCAGUUUUUAUAUUCGUCCAUCCAGCCGUUUUAGAAAAAAGGUUUCAGCGUGAAAAGUUUUAGACGACUUUUUAAUGUCAUUCCAGUUUCUAUCUGUUUUUUUUGUUUCAACUGCAUGAGUGAAGGUGUUUGUGUCCUUUUUUCUUUUUCUUUCCUCUUCAUGUACAAAAGAAAAAGACCUGGUUGCUCUCCCUCAGAGUAAAGCAAUAUGACAAUGACGUUUUGUUUCCUUUUAAUUUCUGGAACUUCAGUCGAGCUAAAAUCUUUUGAAGCUGUUUGCUUGAAAAAAGUGAUUAAUCGAUCCGAGUAUCGACCCAUAACCGAACAUUUCACUGUUCUUAUUCCACAGUAUUAGGGUACAUAAUACCACGUGAGUACUAGCUGUGAUACUGCUUGUACUCACAGAGUAUUUAUGUGCUUCCAGCUGGAAUAGAACCAGUGUGAAGUUUACUUUGUCCUUUCCUCUUGUAGGUCAUUUUCUGUUCUGUCCAUAUGUAAACUAUUAAUUGUGGCUUAACAUUUUCUAUGCUCCUGACAUUUCUUUUUUUUUUUUAUGCUUUAGCUAGCAAUAUGUAUAUAAAUAUAUUCUAUGUGCUAACAUGGAGGAAAUAAAUGUAUCAACAAGUU